UCUGACCCUUGACUCUAUCACCAACAUCCUGGAAGUGCCCGACGCACCAAAGCUGAAGGACACGAGCUUCGAUGAAAUGCCUUUGUCGGAAGAAUACAACCUGAGGAUGAGGUUCCUUUCCAUGUUCGUCGAGCUAUCGUCGCGGAUCCGGAAGGGCAUCGGCUACGGCUUCAGUGAGUUGGUCAAGGACUGCGACUUCUUGGGCCGCAAGUGCAACAACGAAGGUUAUUUCCAGCAUUUUGCAUCACCAAGUUACGGAAACUGUUACAUAUUUAACAAGGCUGGAGGUAAAACGACAAGUCUCACUGGGCCCUCGUUCAGUAUAUCUAUGAUACUGGACACCCUGGAGGACACUUACCUGCCUCGACGCAUCACGCAGAAGGCCGGCGCGCGUGUGGCUGUCCACCGCCCCAACACCAUGCCUCUUCUCGAUGAUGAGGGAAUCGAUGUCACUCCGGGGUUAGCGUCCAGCAUCGCUAUUAAAGAGGUUGGUUUGGUGGAUGAGGAUCUGGCAGAAUGCGCUGCCGGCUGGAAAGAGACGGGUUAUCAGCCACAGAACAAUACGGUUGAGGACCUCUACUCCAUAACGGAAUGUCGCCGCAUGUGCUUGCAAAGGCACUUCGUGGAUGACUGCGGAUGCUUCCAUGCUCUCUAUCCGCUCGCCUUUUACUACGACAAGACCCUCUACAACGAAGACUACCAUCAGUAUCGCAUCUGCAACCUCUCUUCGAAAAGCACCGAUGACAUAUGUGUAGGAAGAAACAUCGACCAAUACAGCAAAGAUUCGACGAGCUGCGGAUGGAAACGCAGUACCCAAGCACCAUUUCGACAGCUCUUUGGCCGCCGAUUACCUCUGAGAGUCCCUGGGGUCUCGUGGGCAGCUUAG